GACAGCUUCGGUAAAUUAUCUUUCGUUUCCUUGUUUGUAGUUUCGCUUUUGUUUCUGGAUCAGCUGUAUGAGCUCCGGCUCACACAGGACCCUGCCAUUCUUCAUCAUAAUCAGUCGUGUCCCGCAUCGCUGCAAAAAUGUACGAGCUGGAAAAGGAGAAUUUGCGGCGCUUGAGCGAUUAUAUCGCGCAGUUUUUACAACCGUCACUUAUCAAAACCUUCAUGACGACGUACUUUGAUAAAGAGACGGUGGAAAAGAUUAUCAAUACGGAGGAGACUUCGUCUGUGACCAAAGCUGCCCAGAUGCUGCUGGACCAGAUGUGUUAUCUGGAAGAAGUGGGCUGGUUUCAGGCCUUUCUGGACAUCCUGUAUGCCUCAGAAUAUACCGGUCUGCACAAGGCCAUUAAGGAGUGGAACUUCAGUGAGUUAGAGGAACUGGAUGUGCACCGGAAGCUUCUGGAAAGAAUCGAACCGUCAAUCACCAAACUCAUAAAGCCCAGUGAGCUGCUCGCGCACAUGAACGACUGUCUCAACAUCAGAGAGUGUGAAAUGAUCCAAGCGGUGGAAAUCCAGCGCGGUCAUAUAGCUGCCAGUGAGAAACUAGUGAACAGUCUCCUGCGCUCAGAUAAACCCAACUGGUUUAAGGUGCUGAAGAUUGCGCUGGAUGCCUGCAGAUUCGAUCAGGCGCUGGAGCUGCUAGAGUCCAAUGGAGGUGGUACGGCUGCGAAGGGCUGCGGAUCGGAUGAGGAGGCAGAAGCCAUGACGACAGAAACCACGACGACAGUGUGUUUUGAGUUCAGAGAGGAGCCUGAGAGUGAAGACAUGCUGAUGAGCACAAACGACAUGACUCCCACAGAGACACCUAGCAAGUUCACAGGGGAGCAUGAUCGUUCAGGUGAGAUUAAGCUAAGGGAAUAUCAGAAGGAGCUGACGGCCGCUGCUGUCCAGGGGCAAAACACCAUCAUCUGCGCCCCUACAGGAUGUGGAAAAACAAUUGUGGCCUUGGCCAUCUGUGAAUACCACCUGAAACAGAGUCCCAGACGAGCAAAGAUUGUGUUCUUGGCAACCAAGGUUGACGUCUAUGAACAACAGUACAAGCUUUUCAUGAAACACUUUUCCCGCACCGAUCCCAGCAUCAGGGUGAUGGGUAUGUGCGGUGAUAUGGAUCUGUCCGUGCAAUGGCUCAUAGAGAAUCAUGAUAUCGUGGUGAUGACGGCUCAGAUCCUGGUGAACGCACUUCAGAGCGGGGAGGUGCCGUCCCUGGAGCUGCUGUCUCUCAUCCUGCUGGACGAGUGUCACAACACGACCGGAAAACACCCGUACAACAACAUCAUGACCCGCUACCUGGACACCAAACUCUCCUCCAGCACACACUCACUGCCACAGAUUGUGGGCCUGACGGCGUCGGUUGGCAUCGGUUCAUUCAAGAACAGGCUGGAGGCGGAGAACAAUAUCUUACAGCUCUGUGCCAACCUGGACACCAGGGUCAUCACCACGGUUAAGAAACAGCUGGAUGAGCUCAAGACGUACGUGCACACACCUGAGAAAGAAUUUUUUGAGGUUUCCAAGCACACGUAUGACCCCUUCAUCAGAAUAAUCAAAAACAUCAUGAGUAACAUCGAGCAGCUGGCGCAGAAGGCCUUCAACAUCGAGAGCCUGUCAAACAUCCAGAACCGCGAGUACGGCUCUCAGAAAUAUGAGCAGUGGAUCGUCUCAGUUCAGAAGAGCUGCAGAGUCAUACAGAUGAAGGACACAAACGAGGAGAGACGAAUCUGCAGAGAACUCUACAACUACACUGAACACCUGCGGAAAUAUAACGAUGCUCUGAUCAUUAAUGAGGACGCCCGCACUAAAGAUGCUCUCGAUUAUCUGGACGGGUUUUUUGAGCAGGUCCGAAACGCCGGCUACGACGAGACGGAGAGGAAACUCACGGCGCUCUACGACAGUCAGCGGCCGCAGUUGCUACAUUUGGCCUCCGAGGGGCAGCAGAACCCUAAACUAGAGGAGCUGAAGUUCAUCCUGGAGGAAGAGUAUCAAAACAACGACGAGACGCGCACCGUCCUGUUCGUUAAGACACGCGCCCUCGCUGACGCCAUGAAGAAAUGGAUCGAUGACACCGAUUCCCUGAAGUUCCUGAAGCCUGGAGUUCUGAUAGGAAAAGGACGAAAAUCCAACUUUACCGGCUCAGUAAUGACGCUGACCAGUAAGAAGGGGGUUUUGGACUCUUUUAAGAGCACAGAUCAGAACUCAGAUCAGAGUAAGAUACUCAUCGCCACAUCAGUCGCUGAUGAAGGCAUCGAUAUCCCACAGUGCAACCUGGUUCUGAUGUAUGAAUAUGUGGGUAACGUGGUGAAGAUGGUGCAAGUUCGAGGUCGCGGUCGUGCGCAGGGCAGCCGGUGUUUCCUGAUCUCCAGUAGUAAGGAAUGCAUUGAGAAGGAGCGCAUAAACAUGAUUAAGGAGAAAAUUGUGGAGGAGGCCAUCGUCCAACUGCAGAGCCACCCCGCUGAACUCAGUAACAAGGUGGAUGUGUUGCAGAGAGAAGAUAAGGCCCGGAGGGAUCACGUCAGCGCCAGUCCCGACAAACCCAAAACACGCGGCAGCUACCAGCUCCUUUGCGUCAAGUGCAAGAAGUUUGCAUGCUUGAGUGACGACCUCAGAGUCGUGCAGGAGUCUCAUCACAUCGCUCUGGAUCGCUCCAUGUUUGAACGCUGUAUAACUGUUCCUCAUAAGAACCCAAAAACCUUCCAAGGCUUCAGUAAGAAAGAGAAGAUGCUCUGUGCCGAGUGCAAACGUGACUGGGGCCUCGUCGCCUCUUACCUCACGAUCCAGGAUCUGCCGCUGUUGAAGAUCGAGAGUUUCGUGGUGCAGAAUUGCGACACUCACCAGCAGUUUUACUUCAGGAAAUGGCGCGACGUGACAUUUGCCAUCCAAAAGUUUGACAUGACGGAGAUCACGCCUCAAACAUGGCCGCUGAGAGACUGAGGGCGGCAAACACAACAUUACAAGCUUAAAUCUUUCUUAUCUCUCUCUAAAUUUUAAUUGCUAGUACUUUUUAAUUUGAUGAACUCCGAUUGUGUAGUCUAACAACCAACACACACAGAUAGAACAUAUAGAUCACAAUUAGUUAAUUACUUUGAUGUUACAUGUUGAACUUGAUUGCGAAUGACUUCUCUAAUAAGACACAUUUUAAUUCAGACUUGGACAGGACAACUUUUCCUGGUAAAUUCAGCUGAUUAAUUAGACAUGACUAUGUGAGAUCUGAAAUUAAUAAAUAAAAUAAUUGAUAAUGAUUUGA